GGGAAUCUCAGGUGAGCUCCACACGCAAUGGAAGUUGCUCCCAGUACCAGUCACCACACAGAAAUGGCUUAAGGUCCGAAUAAUUUACUAUUGCAGAAGAUAAGGCUCACUAAAACAGUUCUGGACAUAGAUAGACGCAGCUUGUAGGCUGUUGCAGAUACAGAUAUGUACAGAUAUGUACAAGUGCAAAGUAUCUCUGUUGCUCCAAAUAAACUCCACCAAAUCAAGAUGUAACACGGGACAAGUAACACCAACAGACUGAUGUCUCACGUACUAACUGCAAGCUAACAGAUAACUGAGCCAACACGCAUUAAUCACAGAUACAGUUGUGGCACUGGGUGAAUGCCCAGUGCCUGGGCUUGCUAGCAUACAUGAGCCAAUAUCAACAUUCCCCCAGCAGCGCUUCCUGCUAAACGAAUCGGAGAAUGUUUUGGACACAGUCGUCGCAAGAGCUUAGCAGCUGGGAAGGCUCAGUGUCGGCGCCCAAAAAUGCAGAUUCACCAAGCUCAGACUCCUCCCAGUCAACAUUUAGUUCUUCUGAGGGAGACAUGAGGGCUGUCAUGCAUUUCAUGCACCAGUUUCUCCACAAAAGCCACCAGGAAUUACCUGAGAAGGUCAAGUUCCUGAACUGCAUAGACAUCAUGAGCGCAAACCUCGACAGCAGUAAGGUGGGCUACACUGGUCAACGUCACUACAACCCGAGCCUGAUAAGGGAAACUCUCAUGUUCCUUCUUCCUGAAACGGGAUCCCCGUUUGUCGAGGAGCGGAUCAUGGCCUUGUCCAGAAUCACCAAGCUGGUCUGCUGCAUCACGUCCCAUUGCACACCCAAAGGAAUGAAGGACUUCAAGAUAGGGAAGCUGGCGGGGCAUCUGGCGCUUUGCAGCAAGGACUCCAUCGAGAGCGUGUGCCACUGGGCGGCCGACGCACUUCACUGCCUGUACACCCUGAUCCUUCACCAGAAGAGCCUGAUGAAGCCUGAGAACAACACAGAAUUUAUGGAGCUUAUGCAGGACUGGAAAGAGGAAAAGAUCUUCUGGCUGGCCUGGUUCUCUGACAUCAGCACCACCACCAUGAAAUUCAAAAAAUGCCUCCAUGCUGACGAGCAGAUGGACUUCCUCCUAGCAGCUAUCAAGGGCAUGAGGGACGACAACCUUUACCACACGAAGGCUGCCAUCCUGAUGCUGAAAGCCAUGCUGAGGGAUCCCCAGCCCGUUUUCAUAAAGGUGCCCAAAACCACCAGGUUCAUGUAUUUCAGUCUGGAGCACAUCGGAGACCCGCAGGCCCGCCUAGAAGUCUUCAGGUUCCUCUUGCUUCUGGGGAAGAGCCGCCCUCAGGAUGUGGUGAAGACCCUCCUGGCCUGCUCUGUCCAGUGUGACAGCAUCGCCUCCGCCAUGUGGAACAGCUUAAUCUGCUUCUCCGACACUGCGCAGAGGGUCCUGGGCGUGCUGCAGUCCAUCCUGCAGGAGCAGCAGAUCUACUGGGAUGGCCACAGGGUUAAUGCCUCCUUGCGACCCUUGGCUGCCAACGCAGCGUUUUAUGAGAUCUUGAGGCGCCCGUCCCCAGCCUGCCGGGAGGUGCUGAAAGAGAUGUUCACCACGCUGUCCAUAGCGAUCCUCUGCCAGAUCUCCUUCGCCGUGUACUUUACACCAGAGGAGAUGGAUGUCUACACGACGGCCUGCAUCCGCCAGGAGAUCCCCAUCCCUCCUGCUCCUUUCAGGUCUGCCUUGAAAACUUUCAAAGGCCUCAUCAGGCGAGCAGGAGAUGAGGACCUCAUCCUCAUCAUGAACAAGAGGAGAGGUUCAGAACUCCUGUUGCAUCGCAGGACCCACCUGAAAGGUCUCGCUCUCUUUGCCAGAGAGAUAGUCAGGGGCAAGGGAAGCCAAAGGAUGUUGCCUUACUUGCUGGAGAUUCUGGAAAGCGAGGGGUAUCCGAAACACAUCACUGUGAUGCCUUUCUUAAUUGAGUUCCUUCAUAAGGGAGCCUUAGCGCCAGCUAUGGAAGAUAUCAUCAUUAAGCAGCUGUGCCGGCAGGUGAAGGCCAGCCGGUUGGAGCUCAGAUCCCUAGCUCUCGACGGCAUGAUUUGCUUUUUGGAUCAUCAAGAGAAGAUGAAAAAACUGAAGCCUGCCUUUCCAGAUAUCAUAGCCAGGGUGCGCGAGGCCGACAGAGACAUCAACGUGAAGGCUCUCAAGCUCCUGCCAGACCUCCUGAAGUGUCAGAGCAGGGAGGUGAACUCCCUCACCGUCGAGGUGGCCACCAGCGUGAUGCCACUUUUUGACGACGCGUCCAACAAAGUGAGGCUGGCUGCCAUCUCCACCUUCAGCCACCUGUUUGAGAUCGUCCAGUGGGGAGGCAAAGAGCAGAUGAAGGCGCUCGCUCUCCAGAGCCUGGUCCCCCUGAUGGUGCAUCUCCAGGACAGUGUCCCAGUGCAGAAGAUGUGUUGGAUCACUCUGAGAAGAGCUGACAAGUUUCUGAAAUCCUUCAUCCAGUUGUCCAUCCGGGAAAACGAAACCUGGAACUUCUGCAAAAGUCUUGUGCAGCGCUACAGAGAACAAGGGGAAGCCGUCCUUCUGGAUCAGGCCUUUGAUUACCUGGAAAACCCCCGAACCGCUUUGAGAGAUGGAGCCAUCAGGCUGUUAGAAAUCAUCGCUCAGGAGUCAAAGCACCAAGGAACAGUAAAUGCCAUUGCAACCGUCCUGGAUCUUGUGAAAGUGGAAAAUAAAUCAUCCCACCUCAAAAUGGCGGUAUCCGAGAUAACGGAGGCCUUGGGGCAAGAGGAGCAGCCUUCGGGAAACUUCCUGGGAAGAUGCUUCAGCAGACUCAGAAGGAUCUGGAAAAGAUAGAAGCUUUUCCUCUGGAAAGGGGUGGGGGGAAAGGUACCUGUGUCUUCUACUCCUGCUCGCCUGCCCCACCAGACCUUGUUCAGCCAUGACUUGUCUCCAUCUCAACUUUGACUCACCCAAGCUAUCUUCCAUCCCAGGCCUUCUCCGCCAGAAACCAGCUCCAUCUCAAUCCAGUAGCCACCACUACAGGUUUGUUGCUGUUGGUUUGCCAGGGCCGAUUCCCUGUUUCCACUCCCUGGGCUUUGACCAGGCCAGUUGUUCCUCGUUGCCUGCCUUGGCGCUUGGGUUUGAAUCAUGCGUCUGAUCCUGCCUACGGCGUCCAGAUCCACUUCCACCCCAAAUUUCUACUGGGUGUUUUAAUCUCUGCCUUCUUUGGGUUCCUCUCCCCAACAACACCUCAUAAAACUCCCUGACUUUGCUCUACUUACAGAACAGGUGUCUCUUCAGCUAUCCCAGGUGAGAAAUCGGCCAUUGUUCUCUCUAAGAACUUUGCUCAGUUCCCCCUAAUAAUCCAUUUGUGCUUUUCAUCCUCUGCGGUGUCUCAAUUCCAAUGAAAUUUCUGGGAUAUGCUUAUUGUGAAGACAAAGCUUUUCAUCCUCAAAUCCCUCCAUUAUUUUAUGUAUUCAUGUGUGUAUUGCAGUAUUGAUGUCCGGCCUUUCAGUACCAAGGCAUGUUCAAGGUGGCCUACAAAAUAAAUGAUGUGAAAAUAA